UUCGAGCACUAUAAUCAGUCUCCAGCCGGCGACGAGCGUGAUAAGAACGUUUUAGUCAGAUGCCGCCUACAGCUAUAUACAUCUCGGUCUUGCUAUUGUCGUGUCCACAGCUCCAGUUGACACGUGUGUCGCCGCGAAGCGAAAGCCUUAAGGAGUUACACAAGCAGGAUGAGAGUUCAACCGCAUCUGCCGCCCUUCAGUUCGGUGAAGAUAUCAGAGGCUGGGCUCAAGAUCUAGAGCAGCUGGGCCUGGACAUGGCUCAGUUCGUGGAGCAGUGCCGCCAGCCGGGCAGUGACUGUCAGCAGCGCCAUGUCCUGCGGCAGCUGCGAGUCCUUCUACACGGCUAUACUGAGCUAAAAGCUCGACUAGAGGCCCUGGAGAUAAAGUAUGUGAGACGGAUCAGUGACCAGGAGACAAUGGAUGCCACACUGCGAAAGGUCAAAGAGGUAUUGAGGGAGUACGAUGAGACCUUUCACAUGCUCAAAGCAAAAACCUACAAAUUGGUGGGACAGUAGGUAGGACAAUCAAAUCAGGAACUAAAUUAAAUCAAUGUUCAAAAUCUAAA